UCGCGUAGCCAAACCGCAACGAGUUCAGUUUGAUUGCAAACAUCAGCCAUAAAGUGACUUAUUAAAAGCGAAAAAUAAACUUAAAAUAGAAAUCUUUAAAACAUCAUUCGUUUUAUUUCGCAAAGUGUUAUUCGAGAAGUGAAAAAAGUUAAGCAAAGUAAAAAAGUUAACACUGCCCAGUAGAAAAAGUGCAAACAUCUUGAACAUUCUACUAUAAAUUCUGAGCAACGAAAAGCAGCUUGGCUCGUCCGUUUUUUUUUUCUAUCAAAAGACUUAUUAACAAUUACUGCAACCAAAAUGAAAUACCAAAGUGCCUGCAACAACAAGCGCGUGACUAGGCUACAAUUCGCCUUCAGUGUCGCGUGCCUUCUACCACUCCUGCUUCUGCUCACCACCAAUACACCAGCAGUCGAAGCCCGCCCCAUGGAUCUCUACGAUGAGGUAGGCGAUUUCUUCGAUGCCGUCUCACUGGACGAUGUGCCCGUAUCUGGUCGCACAGCACCGGAAACCUUCUGUCGCAUGCCAAUACGCAAGGGUGUCUGCCGCGCGCUCAUUCCACGCUUCAGCUAUGAUCCGAGUCGCAAGACCUGUGUCGAAUUCAAAUUCGGCGGCUGUGACGGCAACGAGAACAACUUCUCCAGCUAUGAGGCAUGUAUGGCCACGUGUGAAGGCAUGUAAAUGGCAUCGACUAUGUUCCUUAUACGCCCCGAAAUUGCCAAUUGAAGGCUUCCAAACAUCACUUCACAUUCCAUCGCAUCGCAUCGCAUCACCUUCAUCGUCGGCGGCAAGCAGCUCAAACUGGCCAAAUGCAUGAUCGUCCAUCUGGCGCUUUCAUUGAACAGAGUUCAUUUUUUUUUUACUUACAUACUUUCAUAUUUCUAAUGCACAAAGGCACAUUUCAUUAGUAUUUACGAGUAGAAAUUUACCACAAAUUUAUUUGUUUGUGAUAAAUUAUGGUUUCUAGCUUUUAAGUACAAAUUGCUAUUUCUCAAUUGAAAGCCGAAGAAAAUCAUUCGAUAUUUUGGCACCAUUUGAUAUGCAAUUUCAAAAAGUGUUGAAAAAUUUUUAUAAUUGCUUUGGUUUUUAACGAUGUUCUUCCAAAAAUUAUCGCACUAUUAUUAUUAUUUAUUAUUUAUGUAUAAAUAUAUUUUGAUAUAUUGAAAUAAAGGUAAUAUUUUGUAAUAUUUACAUCUAAAUACAUACCCACAAGAAUUUGUACAAUAGUUUGUGCAAAGCAAUAAAGUAUAUAUUUUUACAUAUAUAU